UAGAGUUGACUUCAGCCCCCAGUAUUAACCAAAAAGCAAAACCAAGUAGAAGUUCGCAUUUUGUGGUUCAAUCGACAUCGACAACGUCGCGACGACGACGACACAACAAACAAACGAAACGACCAAAAAAGCCAUACGAUGACGAUGACUAUGACGGAAUUGACGAUGAAUCGGAAUUGCUUGUUCGUGUAACUCUUUUCACGUUGUGUUUACCCGGGAUUUAGUGGCGAUUUAGCCAGCUUCGAAGUUAGACGUGACUAUUUCUGCAAUUACAUUGCCAUUGCCAUCAGAUCCGUCCGCCGUCCGUGUUGUAUAGUGCUAUCAUUGGUAUCCACUUCUAUCCACAGAGUACCACGAGAGUCGAGAGUCGCUAGAGCUAUUACCCAGUGUGUGCGCAUAGAGUUCGUUUGAUAUAGUUUUCGAGUCGAAGGAAAAUCCGUGCUUCAUUUUGUAUUCCGAUCGGAAAGCCUCUAGUUUGGAGUAUCGGCAUUUGUUAUACAGUCUUGGGGCACUGUUGCACUUUGAACAAAAGUUUUUUGUACCUUUUUUUUUUGGUUUUUUAUUUUGAGUGUUUUUUUUUUUCGAUUUUUUUGAAAAUAAUUUUCCUUACCCACCAAACCGAACCAAUGUAUGUGCUCGCAUUCUUUGGGUGCUUCGUUGUUGGGUGAUUUAUUUUUGUAACGCUUUUUGCGAGUUUCCCCGAAUAAUUGAAUUUCAAAAAAAAAAAAAAUACAACAAAAAAGAAAGACGGGGAGUAAGUGCUUUUUCCCAAAGUGAACGUGCGUGUUUGGGGAAAUCGAUCGAACUACAUUACAGUGAGUAGUGAGUUUUUUUUAUUGUGAAGAUAUAUAAUUUUUUAUGAAUGAUUCGGUAAUUUGAUGGGCGAUCGUUGAUGCAAUGAGAACGAAUUUUUUAUCAUCGCCUUCACCGUUGAACGUAAAAAACUCUUCCUAUUGAAUUUCUAUUAUUUUUUUUUGUUGUCCAUUUUGGAAUUCAAAAACAAAACAAAAAACAAACCAAAAAAAAGGAAAAAUUGAAAAAAAAGACAAGAAAAAAAAAAUUACAUUGCGGAAAUGAGGCGCACUAUUUGGAUUGCAUUUUUGUUAUGGGUGUGCAGUAUAACAUUUUGCGAUGCAUCAUGGGGUACACCCGGCACUGGACAGUACCACAUACAAACAGAUGAAGGACCAGAGCGAUUCUUUAGAUUUCAAACUGACAAUGGGCAAUAUCGAAAAGAGAAAAGACUACAAGAUGGAACAGUCAUAGGAACUGAUGCUUGGAUCGAUGCUGCUGGUUAUCUUCGCCAGAAAGACUACAUUGCAGAUAGUAAAGGCUACCGAAUACUUAAAUCAAAAACAGUUUAUGUUGGACAUGGGCGUCCAAUUGAGGAAGCAAUACGAUCAAUUAAAGGAGUUGCUGCACAAUCUGGAGUACUCGUUGAUCCUGCGCUUAGUUAUGGUUCUAAUCAUUAUGCUCCAACUCCUCGAACUACACCAAAGCCUUCUUAUUUAUAUCCUACGACAACGUCAACGACUACAACGACAACAACAACAACUACCCCUGCUCCUCCCACUCAGGGCUAUCUUACACCUUCGGAAGCUGCCCUAAUACCUCCAUCACCAUAUUUAGGUUACGAUCAUUAUCCACAACCAGAAGUCUUCAUUCGACCAAAUUCUCAACCUGUCGAAAGCAAUAUCGUACCUGAGACAUAUUACCUUUUGGGAAGCAGUAGUACCGAAAGAACCCCAUCAAUUCCAUCUGAUACUUUCCUGCCACCAUACGAAAACAGUCGACGAGUCAGGCCAAUUGGGGCAGUCUCCUCUACACCAUCUCCCAAUUCUGACAACGAAGCUAUAGAAUAUUCUCACUCAUCCACAGAGAACUAUCCAUCUGGAUAUUCUUACUCAAGUCCAAGACCAUUUUCACCAUCUUCAACAGAAUCCCCCGAAGGAGUAUCAAGCAGCUCACAAGCUCCAAUAUCAUCUAAUGACUAUGACGAUCCUUAUGGCUUCAACUCGUACUCUUCGUCAACCACAGAGAGGCCAUCUACAGAAUACACAACGCCUUAUGCAGACUUAUUACCUCCAACAAGACGAAGAAGGCCAGCUUAUGGCACAAGGAUCCAACCACCGGUUUAUAAUAAUAACCUUGGUAGUGGUUAUGAAGAUCAGUAUUCUCAGUAUGAUGGAGUUUCUGUUACCAAAAAUGGCUUCCGUUACUACCUGCCUCAACAGUAUCACGAAGAAGAGCAGGUAGCCCCUCAAAAACGAGCAGGAAGUUUUGGCUACAUCGAUCCCUUCGGUAUUAGACGAGUAAUCUACUACAAUGCUUCACCAGAGAAUGGAUUUGUUCAUCGAAAGAACAAUCGUUAUGUGGGCUUCCAUUCAACACCUUAUGACCCACGACCAUAGUAAUUAAAAAACAAAAUUCAACAUUAAUUUAACUAAUUAAUCAAUUUUACAUUAAUUUCACUAUUUAUUGAUUCAUUGAAUGGACUGAAGCCAAAGAUGGCGGCAUUCUUUAAGUAUCCUGCCAAGCCAAUAAUGUGGAUCAGAAAAACAAAAAAUCAAAAAAAAAACCUUAUGAACUGUUGAUAUUAUUUUAGUUUUAAGGGCUCAGCUUCAUUAAAAAAAAAAAAAAGAAAACAAAAAAAUAUUAUAUACCUUCGCCUAACAAUGUCUGUGUUAAUUAUAUAAAAUGAAAAUAUAUUUAAUUUAUAAGCUUCAUACCUACCUUUUUUUUCUAACUUAUUUUCAAUUUUUAUUAAGUUUAAGUUCACAAUCAUCGGCUAAUUGAAAAAAUAAACGAAACAAAUAAUUGUAACUGCCGAUUU